AGCCAGCUUAGUAGACGCCACCAGCCUCACACCCACACUGACUCACGUCGCUUUGUGUGUAGCGGACAUCUUCAGACUACAGAGAUGGACAAAAGACUAUCCACUUUACUUGUUAUCGGCGUAGUGCUACUGGGGAUACUCACCAUAGUGAUAUUAGCAGUGACCUUAGCUAGCAAUGGCACUGGGCAUAAUAACAAACCUCCCGUCUUACCCGAACGUCUGAACUCCAACCAGUGCCCUGCGGAUUUCGGGCAUCGACCUGUACUGCUGGUGUCAUUGGAUGGCUUCAGACCUGAUUAUCUCAAGAGAGGACUCACACCUACUAUACAGAUGCUGGUGAAAGGUGGUGUUAGUGCACCCUACAUGGCGGCCUCCUACCCCACCGUCACUUUCCCAAACCAUUAUACUAUCGUUACGGGAAUGUAUCCAGGGAGUCACGGAAUAAUAGACAAUUACAUGUAUGACCCGGUAUUCAACAAGACUUUCAGCCUGGGGGGUACAGAGAAGAAUAAUGGAACCUGGUGGGGCGGAGAACCUAUCUGGAACACUAUGACGAAGCAGGGGAAGAAGAGUGCCACUUAUUUUUGGCCGGGUUCAGACGCGGACAUCCAAGGGACUCACCCCACCUACUGGUUUCCCUACAGUGUCGGUGACCCCUUUGAGGAUCGAGUGCAGAAGGUGCUGGAGUGGUUGUCGCUGCCUGCUGACGACAGACCUCACUGGAUAGCUCUCUACUUCAACGAGCCUGACCACGAAGGACACAAUAUGGGCCCAGAUUCACCUGAGGUGGACAAGCAGCUGGUGAGGGUAGAUACCCAGAUAGCCAACUUAGUGGCAGGCAUAGUAGAGAGGAACCUCGUUCACUGUGUCAACUUGAUUCUGGUAGCUGACCACGGCAUGGCUCAGGCGGGAGCUGACAAGAACAUCCAGCUGACCAACAUCUACCCGAAGCUCAACGAUGUCGCCGAGAAAGUGAUUCAUGGAGCAACCAGCAGGAUCAAGACCUAUAAUGAGAGCCAAGAAGCAGUCUUGGACCUUCAGCGCCUCCUGUCGUGCAAUCGGAAGGAACUGAGGGUAUUCAUGCGGGAGGACCUGCCCAAGAGGCUUCACUAUUCCACCCACCGGAGGAUCGAACCCCUUAUAAUAGAUCUCGAUCCCGGAUUCUACACUCUAAACUCAAAAGAAAAUUCGUCCAAGACCAGAACCUCACUUAAAGGUCACCACGGGUACGACUACUAUUUCCCAGAGAUGAAUACCUCUCAUCCCCACCCACCAUUGGUCCCUCACAAAGACCGCCACCCUCUCCUCCACCCGGGGGCUCCAGACUUCCAGCAAGGAGUGGAGGUAGAGGCCUUCCAGAACGUCGAACUGUACAACCUGAUGUGUUUUCUCACCAACGUCACCCCUGCCCAUAACAACGGCACCUGGGGCGCCCUCCAUCACCUGUUGUCCAUACUCCCUCCCCCGCUAAAAUACACCCCUCAGCAGGUCAAACCCCCAACGCUGAGUUACUCCAAGGACGCCACUAAGUCACGGGACUUCACGAUCAGUUGUAAGCGUGACCUGAUCCCCUCUACGGCUUGGCACUCGGCACUGGCACUGACGGCAGAGCAACAGAAGGAAGCAGAGACACGACAUGCACCAUGGGGGGUUCCUUUCUCUAUCUGGUCCGCCUCCUCCCGCCUCGCCCUCCUCCACCACCACACACACCUCUCAGGGUACUCGCGGGCGCUGAAGGUACCACUGUGGACCAGCUUCACAGUGAACGAGAUUCCAUUACACAUUGAACCCGCGUCGUGGUCCAGUGAUCCUCGCCUUCAACCCAGAGACUCGCCCCCCUGUACCUUCAAUCACACCAACAAUCUUACCAUGGCACCACUCUUCCCCUACAGGUAUGUGGGCGACGGCGGCUCUAACCUCACCAGCCUGCGUCAGGUACCCUACAUGAUAACUAACGCCCUGGUCAUGAGCGAACAGCUAAUGCACAGAUGGAACUAUCUACUGUGGAACUUGUUUCCCAGCUGGUACAAGAAAUACGGCGUCCUCAACGUGGUGUCAGGACCCGUGUUCGACGCUGACCACGACUCCAAGCACGAUGAACUGCCCUCUCUCAGCGUGCCAGCAAUACCGACGGACAUUUUCGCCGUGGUGACCAGGUGUCUUGACCCGGUGACCUCGCUUGACCAGUGUGGCCACCUGCGUGUAGACGCCCAGGCGUUCAUCUUCCCCCAGCUGCUGCCAUCCAUCAACUGCCUGACUGACCGCCGCUUCACACAGAUGUACAGCGCCAAGGUCAGGGACGUAGAGGUGGCGACUGGCCUCACCUUCUACUCUCGCCUGACCCACUACAGCCGUCUGGGGGUCAUCUUGAGGAUUAAUCCUGACCUCUGGGAGUGAGAAGGGUGAUGACCACGCUACAUCCUGACCUCCGGAAGUGAGAAGGGGGUCACCACCCUUCACCCUGACCUCCGGAAGUGAGAAGGGGGUCACCACCCUUCACCCUGACCUCCGGAAGUGAGAAGGGGGUCACCACACUACAUCCUGACCUCUGGAAGUGAGAAGGGGGUCACCACCCUUCAUCCUGACCUCUAGGAGUGAGAAGGGGGUCACUGUGCUUCAUUGCUUCAUCCCAGUUACCUGUUGAUGGUUUUUGUGAUGCGUUGGUGAUAGUAUAUGCAAUGAGACUAGUUGUCAUAUGUACCUUAAUAAUGGUGGUUAAUUAUUUCUGUUUACCGAGGAAGUACAGAUGCAGGUGUAGGUAAAAGUACAGGUACACAAAUACAAAUUAACCCUUGUUGUGUAUUUUAAUGGCGAUGAUGUUCAUUUUAUUGAUGUAACUAUCUAACAUUAUAGGUACAAACUACAGUACAAAAAGUCAUAUAGUAUAACUAGUCAGUGCACUGUGCCUUACUGAAUGUUUAAUAUGUUGUAUUUUAUGUUAAUCGCCGAGAAACAACAGGUAUAGGUGUAGAUUAAAGUAGAAGUACAGAAAAUUACGCACAAAUUACUUAUGUGACAUAUUUUUCAGAAAAAUACAACCCCGGAAAUAAUGUUGCUGGUACUCUUAGUGAUAAUUUUUGGUUAGUAUUCAGUUAGUGGUCUUCUGUCUUUGCUGACCUCACUGAUAGAAAGUUGUUCUCCCUCGAAAGGGAUAUUUUACUUUCUCGUGCGACUUAACGCGACCAGUGGGUUAAUUCUUCGACAAUCUGUUUUAUGUACAAAUGAUAACUGUGGUUGGUGUAGUAUAGAUAAUUAUAUACUGUAGA